AAAAUAAAAAUAGCUGCAAACUUUCUCUGUAGAAUGUCACAUUUAGGAAAAGAACAUUUUCUAUGUUUUCGGUGGCUUUUCAAAUGCUGACAAGGCACUUGGCUUAGCCAGCAUUGUUUGUAAUAACGACUUGACCAAAUGAAUGUCAGGAGGGCUCAUGCCCUGCUUCGGGCCUGCCAUCUUUCUGCAGAGCACUUUCAGUAGUAUAUGCAAAAAUGCAAUGGUUUAUUGACCUCUGCUGAACAUGGUGAUGGAGGGCAGUGGCUGGGGAGACUGGGGCAGUCUUUUCCACACAGACAUCCAAGAUUUACCAGGAGACUGGCAGCCUUAAGAAAGAGAAAAGAGAGACUGAUGACCUGUGGUCCCUGCCAGAGCAGCCGCCCUGCUAUAUAUAUCAGCUGCCACUCCCGUCCCGUCACACUGGACGCUGAUCAUUCGCUGUCAACAGCCAUGGGGAAGAUCACUUUCUACGAGGACCGGGGCUUCCAGGGCCGCUGCUACGAGAGCACCACCGACUGCCCCAACCUGCAGACCUACUUCAGCCGCUGCAACUCCAUCCGUGUGGACAGCGGCUGCUGGAUGCUCUAUGAGCGCCCCAACUACCAGGGCUACCAGUACUUCCUGCGGCGCGGCGACUACUCUGACUACCAGCAGUGGAUGGGCCUCAACGACUCGGUCCGCUCCUGCAGGGCCAUUCCUUACACCAGCUCUCACAGGAUAAGGCUGUACGAGAGGGAUGACUACAGAGGCCUCAUGUCAGAGCUCACCGAAGACUGCGCCUGCAUCCACGAUCGUUUCCGUCUCAGCGAGAUCUACUCGCUGCACGUGCUGGAGGGCUGCUGGGUGCUCUACGAGCUGCCCAACUACAGGGGCCGCCAGUACCUGCUGCGGCCAGGGGACUACAGGCGGUUCCACGACUGGGGCGCCAUGGACGCCAAGGUCGGCUCUCUCAGACGGGUCAUCGAUGCCUACUAAGCUGUGCCUUGCUUGUGAUGAUUGGUCCACAUGGAGAUGCUAUAAAAUAAAGAUUGUGUUGCUGGCA